GUUUCCCAGGCGGCCGCAGAGCUGCAGCAGUACUGCAUACAGAAUGCCUGCAAGGAUGCCCUGCUGGUUGGUGUUCCGGCCGGCAGCAACCCCUUCCGGGAGCCCAGGUCCUGUGCUUUACUCUGAAGAGGGUAAGGAAGAAGUUCGUUGAGGAAUCCCUUCAAGCACAAAGUGAUGAGAGUCCCUCCAAGUCUCAAGAGAAUGCUUUUCUUUCAUCAAAGGACUUUUAGAUAUUUCACACCUUUCCUGUGGCCAGGUCCUAUAGCCAAAUUUCUACAAAAAUUAGUCAUUUUCUACUCAACUAAGGAAAGUGAGUGAAGGAAUAGUUUUAAAUAAUAAUGGCCUGGUUCUUUUGCCGAAGUGCUUUAUUUUAGGAUAAACAAAAACCUUACCAACAAAUACCCCUUUUUCAUAAGUGAACUAUUGAUGUUGUUAUUCCUGGAAUACCAUGCAUGUUUUAUUUACUGAAUGUUUACAUUUUAGGAAGCAAAGUAUUUUUGUCUAUUAAAAAAUUGAGUGUUUGUAAUUUGUUAUUCCUAAGAUUUUUAUACUGUAAUAAAAUUUGUUCUUGUCUCAUGAAUUUACAGUUAUAAAAUGAAGACAAAAAAUAUAAAAUGGGUGAAAAUAGACUCUUACACAUUAAAUGGUGUGUUGAUUUUUUUGUAAUUGGAAGAUUUAUGUUUCACACUAACUGUAGGAGAUACUCCUUAGCCAACUUGUUUGGAAAGAUUAAUAUUUCUCUUGUGUAGGAAGCACAUUUGAUCCUUUUCCUCUUAAAUUUCUCUACUUUAUAGUUGUGAUUGCACUUUUAAAGAAUACUACAUUAUUUCAUGUCUUUAAACAAUGUUUAAAAUGAGAAUCACACAUAGAAGAAUGCGAAUAGUUAAAAACAAGCUAAUGUGAAAAUACAACCUAAAAGAACUCUUGAUGCCACAAGUGUUUUAUUUGGACGAUGUGCCUUUGAUUUUAUUUGAGACACUUUUAGAGAGACAUUUUAGUUGUCUUUGUAAUAAUCUUUGAAGAGCUUGGGAAUAAAAUCUCUGCUUACUUCAUCAUUUUCUAUGACA